UUAAUUUCUUGUUUAUAGAAGGAUGAACAAUUCCAUUCUAUAUCUGCUACUUCUGGUGUUCGCAGUGCAAUGUUGCAGUGGACAAACAAGAACAGCCAGAACUACUAUUACUGAAAGCGUAUAUUACGAUACCAUUGCAUCUAGCCAAGUUUCCCUUGUUUAUUUUUAUGUGUCCAGCUCAAAUGAUGAGUAUAUGAACUUUCUAGAUGGCUUCUACGAAGCAUCAGACUAUCUUAAAGAUUUUAAGAUAAAACUUUCUGUGGUAAAUUGUAAUACAGCUUUUAUUCAAAAGUACUGUAGCGAAAAAGAAGAAAUUCUAAUGUCCAAAGUGUUUGUCUUCAGGAAUGGUGCAUCAUUGACAGACCUUGCAAUAGACACCCUAUUUGACAUUAAUUCCAUUGUAUCCAGUGUCUUACACCUGGUUCUUCUACAAGAAGUGCCAAUCGUACAGAACCAUCAAGAACUAGAGUCACUACUGCACACUGCCCGAGGAAAACAAGAUGUCAUAUUCAGUAAGGUGAUGGCCAUUGGGACACCAGAGCAUAGAGCAUUUAUGGAAGCUGCUUUUGCUUAUGGUCACCGGUAUAAAUUUUUAGUGACUACUAGUGUAAGAAAUGUUUUGAAAGAGAGGUAAGAUUAUCAACUGUACU